AUAGUCGGCGCUCGGUAUAUCCAUUUUCCCCCAAUUUCUCUUUCCUUUCCUACCAACUCUCUGCCCUAGUUCCCAAAUCUCGCUCUUCGAUCUCCUUCCCUUCUCCUUCUUCUUCUCAUCCGUGGUUUUGGUGGAGAUCUCUCUUCGUUCUGCUAGAUUCUCUGUUUCCAGAGUUCACGAUCUAGUUUUUGAACAGGUGAAUCAUGGCCAACGCCGCGGUGGCGUGUGCGGAGAGAGCGACGAAUGAUAUGCUGAUCGGUCCGGAUUGGGCGAUAAACAUAGAGCUUUGUGAUAUUCUGAAUAUGGAUCCUGGGCAAACAAAGGAUGUGAUGAAGGUGCUUAAGAAGCGCCUUGGAACUAAAAAUCCCAAAAUACAGCUUCUUACUCUUUUUGUCUUAGAGACGUUAAGCAAAAAUUGUGGAGACCAUUUGCACCAGCAAAUUGUUGAACGUGAUGUUUUACAUGAAAUGGUUAAAGUAGUGAAGAAAAAGCCGGAUCUAAAUGUGAGAGAGAAGAUAUUGAUUCUCAUAGACACUUGGCAAGAAGCUUUUGGAGGAGCUGGAGGGAGAUAUCCCCAGUACCAUGCUGCAUAUCGUGAACUAAGGGCUGCUGGAGUAGAAUUUCCACCUCGUGCAGAAAAUACUUCACCAUUAUUUACUCCACCCCAAACUCAUCCUAUUACAUAUCCAGCUGACAACACUUCAACAUACCAUGAUGCUGCCCUAGAAGCUUCGCUGCAAUCUGAUGUUUCUACUCUUAGUGUGAAUGAGAUCCAAAAUGCUCGAGGAAUAGUUGAUGUCUUGACAGAGAUGCUCAGUGCUCUAGAUCCUAACAAUGCAGAGGGUGUGAAGCAAGAAAUUAUUGUUGACCUAGUUGAGCAGUGUCGCACAUAUCAAAAACAAGUCAUGCAUCUUGUGAACAAUACAGGAGACGAGGGGCUGUUGUUUCAGGCUCUGGCACUGAAUGAUGAUUUGCAGCGUGUGCUUGAGCGUCAUGAUGAACUAGCGAAGGGAUCUUCUGCCAUAGGAUCUGCACCAGUUUCAGCUGCACCUCUUGUUAAUGUGAGCCAUGAAGAAGAUGAAUUGGAAGAUGACUUUUCUCAGCUAUCCCGCAGGACAAGAGACAGUUCAUCAGGGUUGACUAGGAAGUCUUCGGUACCCAGCACUGAGCAGAAACCUAUCAGCCCUCUCCUGCCUCCUCCUCCAUCAUCAAAGAAGCCUAUCAGCAUCGACGCAGGCCCUGUGGAUUAUCUCAGUGGCGAUGCCUACGGAUCAGAAAAACCCACAGAAAAGCACGCUGAGCCACCUCCUCCACCGGCUUUAUCCAUGGCAUCUCCGCCGCCCCCUUCCAGCUCCCCAUCACUGUACCCAACCCUUCCUCAAUUUGAUGACGAACCUAUUCCAACAUCAAAACCAGUUCCAGAACCCAUUCCAAAGGCUCCAUGGGACACCCAGCCUUCUGGUUCACUGCCACCGCCACCAUCAAAGUACAACCAAAGGCAGCAGUUUUUCGAGCAGCAGCAAGCCAGCUCCGGCAGCAACACAAGCUCUCCAUACAAUGACUUGUUAGCACAGGCCGAGAACCUCGCUCUCUACCAGGAAGACACCGACAUCGCCAGGCAUCAUGUCCCACGUCGUUUGGAUGUUCAGGAAUCAUCAUCGACACCAACCAAACAGACCAAACAGGAGGAUAUGCUGUUUAAGGAUCUCGUGGAUUUUGCGAAAGCUAAGUCGUCAUCUCCAGCCAAGCCUAGUAGCCAGAGAACGCGGUGAGUGUGGAUGGUUGUGUUGUCAGUGUGUUAAUAUAACAUUCAUGGGGUUGGUUAUAUGGCUGGCAGACUUGGUUGAAAUAAGAGGGUUAACUUCAUUGUGGUUUUUUUUUGGUAUACCUUUUUCUGAUGUUUAUCAUGUUCAGUUGUUUGUAUAGUGAUCAUUAGUAGAGAAUUCUCAGUGUUGUUAGUUUUCAAAUUAUGUUGGAUAUAUAUAAGUACUGUGAGGAGUUAUUUUGUUGUUGUU